ACCCGGGCCUUUGCAACAAGUACGUCCACCGACGAGUACUGCUCCGGUGCGAUCGGCAUGGGCAGCCUGAGGAGCACGCAGCACGACUGCGGCGGCGGCGUCAGCCACUCGCUCUCGUUCCUCCUUGGGGCUCUCCUCCCCACCGUGCUGCUCUUCUUCCUCGCCUCCGACCGGGUCGACGAGCAGCUGUCCAGCAUAUCGACCUUCCGGUUCCGGAACGGAUCGUCAGCUCAUCAGCUGACUAGCCAUGCUGCCGACCUCCCGACCAAUGGCUCGGAUGGUGGCGACAAAAAGGAGGAGUCAUUCCCGGGGCUGGCGGAGCUGCUGCCGAGGGUCGCCAUGGACGACGGGACGGUGAUCAUCACGUCGGUGAACGAGGCGUUCGCGCGGCCCGGCUCCCUGCUCGACCUCUUCCGCGGGAGCUUCCACGACGGCGAGGGGAUCGGGCACCUCCUCAACCACACCCUCAUCGUCGCCGUUGACCCCGGCGCCUUGGCCCUCUGCAAGGCCGUGCACCCCCACUGCUACCUCCUGGAGGUCAUGGCCGCCGGCGUCAGCUCCGCCAACGGCUUCAUGACCAGAAGCUACCUCGAGCUCGUCUGGUCCAAGCUCACCUUGCAGCACCGCGUCCUGCAGCUCGGCUACAACUAUCUCUACACCGACCUGGAUGUGCUGUGGCUGCGCAACCCGUUCCGGCACAUCAGCCUCUACGCCGACAUGGCCGUCUCGACGGACCGGUUCAACGGCGACGCCGAGGACCUGACGAACGCGCCCAACACCGGCUUCUACUACGUCAGGUCGACCAACCGCACGGUGGAGAUGGUGAGGCGGUGGCGGGCGGCGAGGUCGCGGUUCCGGCCGCUGGCCCACGACCAGGAGGUCUUCGAGGCGAUCAAGGGCGAGUUCGUCGCCGGCGAGCUGCGGAUAAAGCUGGUGUUCCUCGACACGGCGCUCUUCGACGGCUUCUGCGAGUACCACGGCGAGAUGGACCGGGUGUGCACGAUGCACGCCAACUGCUGCCUCCGGCUCGCGACCAAGAUGCACGACCUCCGGAACGUGGUCGCCGACUGGAAGAGGUACUCGAGCCUGCCGCCGCCGGAGAAGAUGAGCAGCAAGCUCAGGUGGACGUACCCCGCCAAGUGUGCGGCGACGAUGAAAAUACCGGCAUAAUGGCUUUUUACUGGUUCCUGUAGUGACCUUAAUUACGAACUUUUAUGCAGUGAUUUGGUUUCGACAGUUUUAGAAGAUAUUUCUACAGAAGAAUAGAUGCUUCUUCGAUAAAGGGUGUUUUCUAUUGACUCAUA